CAUUUUCUGUACAUACAGAUUGAAAAUUAUUAUAGACGUAAUUAUAACGUCUAGUUCGGGGUAUGUUUUCUCGCUUGUUCGCGUCUUUUCAACAAUAAAAAUUGAUAACGGUAAAAUUUCAACGUGAAAAAUAACCGAUAGAGAAUUACCUUUUCUAUCAUGUAAGUUUAAAGUUCAACAGGUUCGGUAUUACACAUAGGUACACACGUUCGAUUUGUGUUGGUAAUUUAGACAAAAUAUACAAAUACUUUGUAGUGGUACCUGAGUAUAUUUAUCUCAUGAUCGAAUUCAUUUUCAAGUGUAAAACGUGAUACAGUGAUUUUUAAUACAUAUUUUAAUUACCUACUAUAAAAAUGAAUGCUAAUCUGACUGUCAUUUUCCAAACUUUAAUGUGCUUGUUUCAAACUAAACCACCAGAUUUGUUCAACGUUAAUAUCACAUUCCCUUUACUCAAUACCACUUCACGUGAAAUCACUUCACUGGACUAUUUGACACCGGAAUCCUACAUGGAAAAUGCGACGAUCAAGUGUUACGGUAUAUACGGGUGUUUUUCGAUCAUCGCCCCUUGGAAAGAUACCUCUAGACCAGUGAGCAAUUUCCCAGAGCAUCCAUCAAAAUUAGAUCCGAGAUUCUGUCUACAUACUCAACUCAAUCCAAUAGAAUGUCAAUAUUUGGAUCAUACGAAUUUAACGAGCAUUAUUUCGUCGAAUUUCGUAUUAUUUAAGAAGACUUAUUUCGUUAUGCACGGAUUUAUAGAAUCGGGUGAUCGACCAUGGAUGAAAGCCAUGGCCGCUAGUUUAUUAAACCUUGAAGAUUGCAAUGUGAUCUUAAUAGACUGGGGUAAAGGCUCAUCACCACCUUAUACUCAGGCAGCGGCCAAUAUUCGAUUGGUUGGAAGAAUGAGCGCGUUUUUAAUCCACGCGAUGACGACUCUUGGUAAUGCGACUUUGAUGACGGAAAACACACACCUCAUCGGGCACAGUUUAGGAGCGCAUAUGGCCGGAUACAUCGGAAAUACCGUCAAAGAAUUUUUCAAUUUGACUAUUGGUAGAAUAACAGGAAUGGAUCCUGCUGAACCUCAUUUCAGUCAAACGAAUCCAGUAGUCAGAUUAGACAAUACAGAUGCCACCUUUGUCGAUAUUAUUCACUCAAAUGCGAAACCUUUCAUAACUGGAGGUUUAGGAAUGGAUGAAGCUAUAGGACACCUGGAUUUCUACCCGAAUAGUGGAGAUCGACAACCAGGAUGCGGAGAAGGAAUGAUGAAAUUCAUUAAACAACAAAAUCAAAGCGUGAUUCGCGGAGUACGAGAUUUUUUUUCAUGCGAUCACGUCAGAAGUCACCAAUUUAUGCUCGAAUCGUUCGAAUCGUCAAAAUGCAAAUUUCUCAGCGUCGAGUGCACGUCUUGGGAGAGUUUCUUAGAUGGUGACUGUUUUCCUUGCAAAUCACGAAAGCAUCCUAAUGGAGCUUUUUGCGCACAUAUGGGUAAACCUUCGAUAGAAGACUGGAAAGCUUCAAACUUUCUUAAAUUACGAAGAGAAUACAAACCUAUCAAAUUGUUCACCAUUACUGAAGGCAAAAUACCAUUUUGCGCUAGUUUAUACAGGGUGACUUUGAACAUAUCAAAUUCCACAGAAAGUAUCGCUCAUAGAGGCGAAAUAGGAAUAUUUUUCGUCACGAUAAACGGUACAAAUGGGACAACUGCUUCUCUCGAAGUAUUCAAGGAGCGUUAUUAUGCACCUGGUACCACAUAUCGUCAUGUUAUCGGAGGCAGCUAUGUAGGUAAAAUAACUUCAGCGACCUUAUACUGGGAACAUCGCACCACCGUAAAUGUUCUAACUUGGAGAAUAGAUCCGGUCAUUCACAUUGGAUCUCUUACCGUCGAAACUUUUGCUGAUAAUCAAAAGUUGAAAUUUUGUCCAAUGAAUGAUGAAGUUCUAGGAUCAAAGAGAUCGAUGAAAAUGAAAUCAUGUUAGAAAACGUAAUGCGAUACCUACCUAAUAAUUUUAUACUCAGUUUUGUAAAUUGCUUUAAUUUGUUUGUUUUUUUUUUGUUCAUUCGAUAUUCUGCUCGAAAUACUUAUCAGCUGGAUAGUUACUAAUCAGCGAUUAUUUUUAAUGUAAAAUCUAGUCUUUUAACUAAUGCAAAAACGAUGGUAUGUUUUCCUUUUUCAAAAAUAAAUGUGUUUUUACGCAA